UUAUGGAAGUGAACAUGACAGAGAUCCCUAUGGAGACGAUAGAGCUGAAGUUCUCCAAGUUUUAUGGCAUUGAAUUUGGAGGCCAUUGGAAACCAAAGGACUGCAGACCUCGCUGGAAGGUGGCCAUCCUGAUUCCAUUUAGAAACCGCCAUGAACAUCUCCCCAUCCUCUUCCAACACCUCAUCCCCAUGCUACAGAGACAGCGACUGCAGUUUGCCUUCUACGUCAUCGAACAGAGUGGGAGCCAGCCCUUCAACAGAGCCAUGCUGUUUAAUGUGGGAUUCCUGGAGGCUAUCAAGGACUUGGACUGGGACUGCUUGAUCUUCCAUGAUGUUGACCACAUCCCAGAGAAUGACCGAAACUACUACGGCUGUGGCCAGAUGCCACGCCACUUUGCUGCCAAGCUGGACAAAUACAUGUACAUUCUUCCAUACUGUGAGUUCUUUGGUGGUGUGAGUGGACUCACCGUAGAGCAGUUCCACAAGAUUAAUGGCUUUCCCAAUGCAUUCUGGGGCUGGGGAGGAGAGGAUGAUGACUUGUGGAACAGGGUUCACUAUGCUGGUCUGAAUGUCACAAGACCAGAAGGAGAGAUCGGCAAGUACAAGUCAAUUCCUCACCACCACAGAGGAGAAGUGCAGUUCCUCGGGAGGUAUAAGCUGCUGAGGUAUUCCAAAGAGCGACAACACCUGGAUGGCCUCAACAACCUCCGUUACAGCCCCCACAUCUCCCUCAGCAGUCUCUACAAGAACAUCACGGUGGACCUAUACCCCGAGCUCGCUCCUAUAACGGACUACUGAACUGCCCCCACCAACCCCAACCCAACCUCUCCUCCCCAGCUCACCCAGCUCCCCUCCAGCCUGGCCUCCCAGUGCCCCGUUCAGCCAUGCAGAGGAUGGAGGAGAGGAGGGGGGCACAGGACAGGGGGUGAAGAGGCGCACCAUGUUAGCUGCCAAGAAAUCUUAGUGAGGGGAAAAAAAGAAAAUCCAAACUGAAAAAAUGAGGUGGCAGUGGCAAGUCUGUCAGAGUUAACUGUGUGUGUGUGUGUGUGUGUGUGUGUGAGAGAGAGAGAGAGAGAGAGAUGGGUGAGAAGCUGCAUGUCUUUUUGUCCGUGCCGGCUUAACUACUGCAAGUUGACAUGAGUCUUCGUUUAGGUUGGAGGGAGCAGCAGCAUCUCAGCUCUGAUGUUUACUGCAAAGCCUUACUGUGGCAGAACCACAGCUCCCUCUGCUCGGCUCUGCGCUGCUUCACUUCUCAUGUAUCACCGUCACCUUACAAGCCAUCGUUCUACUACCAUUUGUUUUAAACAUAUCAUAUAUUAGGCCACAGUUUUCCUUUAACGGAGGGAACUGAGCAAGGUCAGCAUUGAUGUUUUUUUAUUUUGAUACGUGGUAUUUAUUUUCUCUGGUUCAGGGUGUUUGAAGAAACACUCAUCUGUGUUUGCUGUUAGUUUUGCUGCACUGCUGCUGAAUCCGCAUGAACUCGUAUGUAAAUAUCGGCCUCUUAAAGCUCGAACACAACACAGAAAUGUAAAUAUGGGCCUUUAUGCGCUCAGGCAUAUUCCAGCGAUACUCCAGUGGGUUUGAAUUUUAUUUUGGCAGCUACCUUUGUUCUGAGGAUUUAAUAAGAGUGAGUGGUGUCUUCUAUAUAGGAUAUAGGAUGUUUGGCUUAAAACAGAACAAAACAGAAGUAUCCAAAUCUAAAGAUUUGACAUUAUCUUUUGCAUGCCUUAAUUUAUUUUGUUUACCUGUUUUUGUUCUUCUUAAGCAUAAAUUAUUUCACCAGUU